CAUCGUGGGAGCGAAGGACAAGUGUGCAAAAGCUUUUUAACCUCCCUGGCGGUAUUCCCGAGUGUAGCUCGGGGUAAAGUUUCAGUACCACAAGCGGUAACUCCGAGCUACACUCGGGCUUACCAUGCGGCGCUGCUCCGCGAUCCCUCAAUCACUUACCUUGUCCUGCGCUCCUGUGAUGUCCCUCCUGCAGUGUCCCUGGCAAUGUAAUCCGGCGGAUGCCAGCAUCUGCCAUCUGGGUCCGUCCCCUGCGAGCGUCGGGACGUACGGGGGACGGAACGGUGGGAAAUUUGAAAAUGACAAAAAGUGA